AUGUUCCAUCUCUAUCAGGUUGAUUUGGCAGUUGGUGACUGCAGUCGUAAACGGAAAAAUGAACGUUCAAUAAGUAGUUUACAUACAUUUUCCGAUAGUGGCGCAUCAGAAAGAACAUCAACAUCAUCAUCAGUACGAUCGUCUCUUAUCACACCUGCACCUAUUCUUGAGAAUAAUCAAACUUUAAUUCACUCACAAAUUGUUAUUAAUGGUUUUCGUGAUACGUUGGCUCGAACACUUGCUAUUCAUGAAGAUGAACAUGUUGUAAGGACUCAUGUGCAGAAGUUUGGUAAUAAUAUUCUUCAUCAACCAGAAAGGCUUGUUAGAAAAUCUAAUUCAAUGACAAAGUCAGAAUCAUGUAAAAAUUCAUCACCGCAUCCCUCAAGAGGAAAUAAAUCACUUUUGACACAAAAUGUUUCAACGGAUAUCCCACAAAUCGUCACAAAUGGAAAUUUGGCAGAAGUUGUUGAUGUGGAAACAUUAGAAGAUUUGCGAUGUGAAUGGCAAGGAUGCACUCAAACAUUCAGUACACAGAAAGCACUUGUUGAUCAUGUUACUCUUUCACAUAUUCAGGCAUCGAGAAAAUAUUGCUGUUUAUGGCGAGGCUGUGAUCGCGAAGAAGCAUUUAAAGCUCAAUAUAUGCUAGUAGUUCAUGUGCGACGACAUACUGGAGAGAAACCAAAUGUUUGCUCUGUUAGUCCAAUUUAUCCAGGAUGCGACAAAUCAUAUAGCAGAUUAGAAAAUUUAAAAACUCAUAUGCGAACACACACAGGUGAAAGACCAUAUAAAUGUGAAUUUCCAAACUGUGGGAAAGCUUUUAGUAAUGCAUCGGAUCGAGCAAAACACCAAAAUCGUACCCAUUCUGAUACAAAACCAUAUCAAUGUGUUAUGGCAGAUUGCUCGAAAAGUUACACUGAUCCAUCGUCAUUAAGAAAGCAUAUAAAAACAGUACAUGGUGAAGAUGUAUAUGAAAUGAGCAAACGCAAUAAACCUGUUCGUCGACGUCGUAAUGAUGUUAAUGCUUCUGCUUCAACUACGAAUUCAAAACCAUCAUCAAACUUGACUAAUAUAUCAACUGUUGCAUCUAGACGAGACAUUGAAGACACUGAAGAUGAGGCAAAGAAAACUACUUCUGAUACUUCCCAUUUCUUAUGCACUCAUAUUGCUUCAACUAUUGGUAUCCCAUGUUGUAAUUUCGCUUGGCCGUUUGACGAUGAAUUGAUUAAAAUAAGUAUUUUAUCAGCUUCUUGUGUAUAUAAAGAAAAGAUUCAUUUUAUUUACGUUAAUCCUGAUUCCGAUUCUCGCUGCAGUUGUGGACAUUAUUCAGUAUUAUUUGCUUUUUGUCUUAAUUGUAAGAAAAAAAGACUACAACAUAAUCGUAUUCAAGGUUUGUGGUAUUGUGAUUUGGACUGA